UUGAAUUUUUGACUAGCUUUCACUGCAAAAUUUGAGUAUCCUAAAAUUAGGGCACAUUUCACUGGAGAAUUGCUUUCGCCAUUGAAGAUGACGAGAAUUUCUCUGCUGCGUUACUUUUGCAAAGAUAUCUCAUGCUUUGCUAUUUCACGCCCUUGUUCGGCAAUAACAAUCAGAGAUUAUUCUUCUUCUCAGAGCAACACAUCUAUUUCUUCGGCAAAGGGUAAAUGCAGGUUUGAUAACGUCAAGUGCGUAGAUGAUGCCGUGAGUCUUUUCCGUCGAAUGGUAAGAACGCAGCCUCUUCCUUCGGUUUUUGACUUCUCGAAAUUAUUAAAGACUAUGGUAAAUAUGAAGCAUUACUCUGCUGUUCUUUCCAUUUUUCGACAAAUGCUGAAAUUAGGCAUCCCAAUUAAUGAUUUUAUCUUGAAUAUAGCAAUUAACAGUUAUUGCCUAAUUCAUCGAUCUGACUGCGGAUUUUCAGUGUUAGCCAUUUACUUGAAGAGUGGCAUUCCAUUUGAUGUCGUCACCUUUAGCACCCUGCUAAGGGGUCUCUUUGCAGAAAAUAAGAUAAAAGAUGCGGUUAACUUGUUCAAAAUGUUGGUGAGAGAGAAUAUUUGUGAGCCUAAUGAAUUCAUGUAUUCAAUUGUCAUGAAUGGGCUUAGCAAAAGGGGUCAUACUCAAAAAACUUUCGAUUUGCUUAGGGUAAUGGAGCAAGGAAGCACUAAGCCCAAUGCAUACAUCUAUAGCAUUGUUAUAGAUGCCCUAUGCAAAGAUAGGAUGUUAGAUGCUGCUAUUAGCCUUUUUGAAGAGAUGAAACAAAAAGGCAUUCCUCCAAACGUUGUCACAUAUAGUUCAUUGAUUGAUGGUUUCUGUAAGUUUGGUCAGUGGGAAAAGGUUAGGACUUUGUUCUCUGAAAUGGUAAAUCUUAAGAUUUAUCCAAAUGUGCACACCUUGACUAUAGUGACUGAUGGACUUUGCAAAGAAGGGAAAGUUGAAGAUGCUGAGGAGGUAAUGAGACAUAUGAUUGGAAAAGGUAUAGAGCCAGAUGUGAUCACCUACAAUGUAAUAAUUGAUGGAUAUUGCUUGCGCGGUCAAAUGGAUAGUGCAAGGAGACUUUUUGAUUCAAUGAUAGGUAAGAGCAUUAAGCCUGGCAUUGUUAGCUUUAACACUUUAAUAAAUGGAUACUGUAAGAACAAUAAAUUGGAUGAUGCCAUGGAUUUGUUUCAUGAAAUUUCUCGAAACAGAUUGGAACCUAGCAUUGUUACCUACAAUACUAUCUUGCAAAGUCUAUUUGAAGUUGGAAGGAUUGAUUUUGCGCAAAAAUUCUUUGUUGAGAUGCUAUCUAUAGGGCUCAAACCUGAUUUAUGCACUAAUCGCAUUUUGCUCAGUGGUUAUUUCCAAAAUGGGCUACUUGAGAAAGCUAUAUCGCUAUUUCAUGAGUUGGAAGUAAAGAGAGAAGAUACUGAUAUUGAACUUUAUAAUAUUCUAAUUAAUGGAUUGUGCAAACAUGGCCUGUUCGACAAAGCUCGUGUUAUUUUUGAGAAGCUUUCUCUAAUUGGAUUGUUUCCUAAUGUGAUGACAUACAAUAUAAUUAUAAAGGGAUUUUGUCUAGAAGGAUUCUUAGAUGAAGCUAAAAAUAUGCUAAGAAUAAUGGAGGAGAAUGGUUGUUCGCCAAACAAUUUCACCUACAAUGUUAUUCUACGAGGAUUCCUCAAGUUUAGCAAAAUCAAUGAAAUGACAACUUUUUUGAAGGAAAUGACCGAAAGGGACUUCUCAUUUGAUGCAAGUACCGUAGAGUUACUAAUAGAUGUUAUAGCGAAGGAUCCUUCUUUGCUUAACAUGAUACCACAGUUUCACUCGGGAAGUAAGAAAUGAAUAUUUAUUUCACUUGGCUUAUUCUGCUAUACUUGCGAAAGAAAUCAGAUCAAUGGAAUUGUGGAAGCUGAAAGAAUGGCAAUUAGCACACCGUGAGCUUUCCAAGCAAGCUUAUUGAGGAGGAAUUAUAUUUUCAGAUGAGAAGCUUCUUCUUGUGUUCCAUGAGGGAGUGAAGCAUGGUGCUGGGAAUACUUCUUCUCCAGGAAAUAAUACCUUUCACAGAUUUUAAAGCUAGGAAAUCUUCGACUACAAUACAAGGCUAACAAGGUCUCAGAGGAAUGAUAUGUCAAGUAUAUCACAGAGGAAAUCAGCAAAGUAGUCAAACUCCAGGAAGAGCUAGACACCUACGUUGACUGAUGUUUUGUUGAUUUAUAGAUUUUAGACUUGCUAUCAAAUUGCUCUGGCUAUUAAGGAUGAGGUUGAAGUUCUUGAAAAGACUAGCUUUAACGUUGACUGAUGAAGCUGCUUUAAGAGAGGGUUUGCUCUUAGGAAGACGGAGGAGGCUUUCUACUUGAAUUGGGUUUUACAUUCAUUCAGGAUAACCGACUGUCAUGUUCAAGACACUACCCAGAUUCACUCACAUGUGCUAUUCAAACUUCAAUGACAUGAGCUGUUCCAUUACGGACAUGGAUGCUAACGUGUUCACCAUCAAAGAAUUCCAGGUCUGAUGAGAAGCUUCUUUCUGUGGUCCGCAGGGGAGUGAAGUACAGUGCUGGAUUAUACGCAUCCAUUCGCCAAAGAUUGAAUCAACAGUAGAAAUAGCUGACAGAAUCAGCAAAAUGCUUGCAAUCCUUGAUGCCAACAUCCUCUGAGUCAACCCCGUUGGUGGCCUUAAGAUGUCCAAGCAUACUGAAGUUAAGUCUGACUCAGCAACAUGGUAAUUGCUACUAAGCUCCCCCUUGCACAGUUGACCAACACCAAGUGAGCUUGAAUUACCUUAAUUGAUCCAACGAGAAGUCUGUUUGAAAUUGCACAUGCAGAAACCAAAAUUACCUGGUUAUAACAGGGUCUGACUGUACAAAUCCAUUCCAAAUGAGGUCUUCCCCUAGGGUACUGUUGUGCUUCCUAUUGGUGAAGAUAAGUGGGUCGCGCUGAACUAGGAAUUCCCCAAUGAGAAGUGUAGCGCCUAAUUAUGUAUUACAGCAGAGGCAUGUUACUUACGUAUAUCGUCCUCUUAAACAUAGAGGAUGAACUGAAACAAGGUGACUCUAGUUACUAUCUAUUUAAGGAACUUUCAGAAAUAUUUUCUGAAAAACAAAAGUGCUGUUGUGGAAGUUAAAUGGCUAUUAAUAUGAUAUUAACAGUUUAAUUCUUUGUUUA